CUGCGAGAAAUUCUCCGAGGGGAUUUCCGUCGUCACUCAAAUGCGACGACUUCUACGCGCUCCUAUCGUCCCGAUCUGUGUUUUUAUCUGGAGAACGUGUGUAUUUUUCGAGGGGAAGAAGAAUCGAGUGGUCCCAUGCAAGUUCCAGUUCAAAAGCUAUGCGAGAAGUUAACGUGGAUAUACGACAACGCGCCUUACGUCUUCGGGUAUGCUGCAGUCGGGUAUCAACUCAGUUUGGUAGUGAUUAAAAAGUAUAGCACUAUCCAGAAGCCCCACGGUGCGACUGCAGAGGUGAUCCAGCAAUAUGAUUUGGGUCAGCUUCAUGGCCGACUUUCGUUGUUACUGGCGUUGCUGAACUUGUCGACACUCUUCCGGCCAGUGGUGGAAUUGAUCGAACCCUUCAGUGAACCGGACUACGCUAAUAGUGACUUGAGUAGUACGUUCUAA